ACAAACUUAUACCCCGUCAUCGUCUCCGUCCGACUAAAUUUUGGAGGGAAAACAAAAAAAAAACCCUAAUUUUUCCAUUUUCCAAAAUUUUGCCUCAAAAUUGUAGUGAAAGAGAGAUCAAAACUUUAUCGUCAGUUGCUUGAAAUCACCAGAAUACAUCACAUAACUCUGAUUUCAGAGAAUUGCGGUUAAAAAAAGUGUAAUUAAUCGACGAAAAUGGGCACUAAACGAAGAAGGGGUGAUGGAGGAAUGGAAGAGAACACGAUGGCAAUUCUUGAUACUUAUUGCUUCAGUAAAUCUACUGAACAUAUAGCUGAUGACAGGCUAUCUUUUCUUGAAGCUGUUCGUUCUGGUUUUCUUGUUACUGAGAAUUCUGCUGGACCAACAAACAAAAUGUACAAGGCAGUAUUCAAGAUACUGAGAGUUGAGACUUCACUGGAUUUGAUAAUGUCAAGCUAUCAACUCCUACUCGAGUUAGAUAAGCGGUUCCCUCAGGCAUGGUCUCCGUUUUCAUUUGGUACAGAUGUCACAUCUAGUGAGAAACAAGAUGAUCAUAGUAAAAUUAGUGGAUCAAUUGAUGCUAUUGAAUUUCAUCGUCUAAUAGAAGAAGUUUCUAAAGUACCAGAUCAAGCUAAUACUGAAAUACUAACUACAGAGCCUUUGAGGAAUAUGCUACUAUUCCAGUAUCUUGUUAAAUUGCUUGAAGGGGACCUCGUGCCCCGUAAUUUCGCAUUUACAGAAAAAUCGGAUUGGGUCACUUUGAGGGAGUCAUUGCUCAAUAUGAUUCUGGUAUCACGGAAGAUAACUUACAAAGGACUAGUUAAAGAUUGUUUAUCCACAUUGUGUGAAUUAUCGCAAUUUUCAACGAAAUGCAUCCAUGAUAUGAGACCUGAACAAACCGGAUCAACCGAAAUAACUGAAAAAUGUCAUACAGCUCUUGCACUGGCCUUGCCUGAAGUAGUAAAGCGCACAUGUGCUGCUGUUCAAAAACUUCUAAUAAUGAUCGUUGAGCUGGAUUCGUCGAAAAAGGCAGCAGAUCUUGAGGGCUGGACCACCAGAGCUGACGGUACAAGAACCCCUGCCACGGAGAUCAUCCUGGAUGAACUUACUUACGAUAAAAAUAUAUUGUUCCCAUUUUUUCAGGCUUUGGAUAAACCGAAACUGAAAUUGGAUAUGAUUGUUCAGUUUCUCAAAAAGUAUAUUCCCAAGACAUCUGUUCGCACCAGGAGAUCAAACGGGUCGGCAAAUGAUUCAACAUUUGGCGGAGUUUUAAACUGCUUUUCAAAUGAAAGCAGCACAAAAGGCAUUGUAAAAAAGAUUAGUUCAGAAGUAGCCCAAUUGCUAUUAGCACAUGCUUUUCAGGCAUAUAUUUUACUACCGUCUGAACAUUCAACUGAAUCCAAAGAAGACACUGCCGACAACUCUCUUCGCAAUAUCUGCAAUAAUAUGAUCUCAGCCUUCACAUGUCUUAAAAAAGCAGACAAGAACUCAGGGAUUCUGCCAUUUGGAAAAGAAGCUCUUUUCACAGCUGCAAUUAUGCUCUCAAGAAAUUCAUAGGAGUUUGAUUUAACUGUGAUUAGGAUUGUAUUAUAAGUGGUGUUUUUAUCUAAAUCUAAUGACUUUCCUGUUAUGUUGUGGAUGUUAUUAGUUUUAAAUCUCAUGACGUUUCUAAAUGGCUUA